AUGGCCAGCCUGAAGGAAAAUGACCUCGUUGUCCAGAGAGAGAACGAGGAACUUGCGCAGGUUGAGGCUCAGAUUGCCGAGCUCCAGGUCCGUCGGGCUCUCAUCCUUCAACGCCGAGAUCUUGCGGUCGCAGCUGGAGCUGAACUGAAGUCUUUGGCCAGCCAUAUUCUCAAAGCAGCGACUGAGAAAAAGAAGGCCCUGGCCGAGAGGAAGCUGAUCCAGGCGAGGUGGCAGGCGGACAUAGAUGGUGGGGACAUUGCCUGGAGAAGGAUAACCUGCCUGAUCUGGGGGAUUUUCAGCGAGGGUGUUUAG